GCUCAUCGCACAGAGCCUGACAGCAGGUGGCCCGUCAGUCAGUGAGGAGGAGAACACGCAGCAUCAUGGCACCACUUGGUCUAAAAGCCAUUGUCGGAGAAAAGAUAAUGAAUGAUGUCAUCAAAAAGGCACGAGAAAAAGGAAAAUGGAAGGUGCUGGUGGUGGACAGACUGAGUAUGAGGAUGAUUUCCUCGUGCUGUAAGAUGACAGACAUCAUGUCCGAGGGAAUCACAAUUGUAGAAGAUAUAGGCAAGCGGCGUGAGCCUCUCCCCAGCAUGGAGGCCAUCUACCUGAUCACCCCCUCAGACGAGUCUGUCGAGGGUCUGAUCGAUGACUUCAGAGACCCCCAGUCUCCAAGGUACCGAGGGGCUCACGUCUUCUUCACUGACACGAUCCCAGACUCUCUGUUUGGACUGCUGACCAAAUCCCGCGCCUCCAAAGCCAUGAAGGCGUUGACUGAGAUCCACGUGGCCUUUCUGCCCUACGAGUCUCAGGUCUUCUCUCUGGACAAAGCUGAUGCCUUUCAGGACUUCUACAGCCCCUUCAAGGCUGACGUGAAGAACAACAUGCUGGAGCGCUGUGCUGAGCAGAUGGCCACCCUGUGUGUCACGCUCAAAGAGUACCCUGGAGUCCGCUACAGAGGGGAUUACAAAGACUGUGCAGUCCUGGCUCAGAUGCUUCAGGAGAAGCUCGACGGCUACAAGGCUGAUGACCCUACCAUGGGAGAGGGUCCAGACAAGUCUCGUACUCAGCUGCUCAUUUUGGACCGUAGCUUUGAUCCCGUGACACCCAUCCUGCAUGAGCUCACCCUUCAGGCCAUGUCCUACGACCUGCUGGGCAUCGAGAACGACGUGUACAGUUUUGAGACCAGUGGGAUGGGAGAGACGAGGACAAAGGAGGUCUUGCUAGAUGAGGAUGAUGACCUGUGGCUGACUCUGAGACACAAACACAUCGCAGAAGUGUCAACGGCUGUGACUCGCUCUCUGAAAGAAUUCUCUGCCAGCAAGAAGAUGAACACUGGAGAAAAGACCACCAUGAAGGAACUGGCUCAGAUGCUGAAGAAGAUGCCUCAGUAUCAGAAAGAGCUCAGCAAGUAUUCAACCCAUCUGCAUUUGGCUGAAGACUGUAUGAACCGCUACCAGGGCACUGUGGACAAACUCUGUCGUAUAGAGCAGGAUCUGGCGAUGGGCAUAGAUGCAGAGGGGGAGAAGAUCAAGGAUCCCAUGAGGCUCAUUGUACCCAUUCUACUGGAUGCCAACGUCACUGUGUCGGACAAAAUCCGCAUUAUCCUGCUCUACAUUUUCCUUAAGAAUGGUGUGACUGAGGAGAACCUCUGUAAACUCCUUCAGCAUGCUAACAUCCCACCAGAGGACAGUGACAUCAUUUCCAACAUGGCCCACUUGGGCAUUCCCAUUGUCUCUGAGGUGAUCGUGAAGAAAGCCAAGAAGCCGGAUCGUAAGGAGCGAGUCAGUGAGCAGACCUACCAGCUGUCCCGCUGGACGCCUCUGGUCAAGGACCUCAUUGAGGAUGCCAUUGAGGAAAAACUUGACCCGAAGCAGUACCCGUACAUCUCCCAGCGACAAGCAUCUUCCAAAACCAGCGCUCCAUCAAGUGCUCGCUAUGGUAACUGGCAUAAGAACAGGGGCCCCACAGAGAUGAAGACAGGGCCCAGGAUCAUCGUUUUCAUUAUUGGAGGGAUGACGUACAGUGAGAUGCGCUGUGUGUAUGAGGUCACACAGGCCAAUGGGAAGUGGGAGGCUGUGAUCGGUUCCACCCAUAUUCUGACCCCCCCGAAGUAUCUAAAGGAACUACAGCACCCAGACUUCCUUGACCCCAACGCCCCUCCAGAGGGCACAGAGGGCCCAGAGGGCCCAGAGGAGCCGCCUGCAGAAUGAAAACACAUUUGGAAGAUCCCUGCAUCUUCACCCCUUCUCGCCUUCUGAAAGCCCUCAAAGACUUGGAGCAGUGGUCAGUCAUCAGCCCUCAGCAGAAACAACAGACCCCCCCAGCAUGAUGCAUCACAUACAUGUUGUUUA